GUUUUUCAUCACACUCAUUGCAUUCUAAUCCUCUCUACAUUUCUUGGUUACUAAGUUUUCAUCCCAUUUCAUGGAUUCUAAUCAAGAUGCCAAAUUUUCUAGCCAUCCUGUUAAUGACAUGGAGAGACAAAUGAGCCUUGAGCUAAAAGAAAAGGAAUUCGACUAUUCAAAACGAUCUCAAUGGCUCCGUGCUGCGGUUCUUGGCGCCAACGAUGGGCUUGUUUCGACAGCAUCAUUAAUGAUGGGUAUUGGAGCAGUAAAACAAGACAUUAAGGUCAUGAUCCUAACAGGGUUUGCGGGAUUAGUGGCUGGAGCAUGUUCCAUGGCCAUAGGCGAAUUCGUGUCGGUUUACUCACAACUCGACAUAGAAAUGGCUCAAAUGAAGAGAGAAAAGGAAAGGGCAGUUGGUAUAGAAAGUAUAAAAGGAGAGAAAGACGGUUUGCCUAACCCAAUACAAGCAGCUGCUGCAUCAGCCCUAGCAUUUUCUAUGGGUGCAAUGGUGCCACUAUUGGCUGCCUCCUUCAUAAGAGAGUACAGGGUGAGAAUGUGGGUGGUGGCUGCUGCCGUCAGCCUUGCUUUGGUGGUGUUUGGGUGGUUAGGGGCAAUGUUAGGAAGGGCACCGGCGGCCAGGUCGUCCAUAAGGGCUUUGAUUGGUGGUUGUUUGGCCAUGGCCAUAACAUUUGGUGCAACAAAGUUGAUUGGUUCUUGUGGGCUGUAAAUUAGCAAUAACGAAUUACAAAUGCCAAAUUGCAUUUUGAGACUUAUUGAACGAUACCUAGUCAAAGAGAGGAAACUUCAAUGUAUUGACUUUGCUACACAAAUAGGAUUGAGGAAAUGAUUUAAAAACAGGGAAAUGUGUCAAAUGCUGAUUGAUCAGUUUUUUUCUUCCUGUUUGAGUAGCUUUAUUCAAUUACAUUUGAGUGAUA